AUGGGACCUAAGUGUUGGGGUGGUCUAGGCAUCAAGCCAGUUAAGACUUGGAAUAUAGCAGCAAUUACAAAGAAUAUCUGGGGUAUUAUCUCUCUUAAGCCAUCUUUAUGGGCUAAUUGGGUCAGUGUUAACAAGCUCAAGAGAAUGAGCUUUUGGGGCAUAACUAAGCCCCAUGAAGCUUCAUGGAGCUGGAGACAGUUAUUGAACAUAAGAAAUAGAAUUGCUGGGGAAAGAUUCCCUGAGGUAGUUGUCAAAGACUCAGAAGUGGAUAAGUGUGCUAUGAUGAGUAUACUCUUUCAAUUUGGGAUUAUGAACAAUUUCAAGGUUCAGACUAACUCUGCAGAUGAAGUUACUUGUAUGUCUACUAAUGGUUCUUUCUCUAUUAAGGCUUGCUGGAAGUUCAUUAAUCCUACUGAGCCAGUGAUCCCAUGGACUUCUAUUGUCUGGUUCAAGGGUAACAUUCCCAGAUUCUCAUUUAUAACCUGGCUUGCGUUAAUGAACAGGUUGCUUACAAGAGAUAAAUUGUUCAAGUGGAAGGUUAUUCAGGAUGAGAAAUGUUGUUUUUGCAAUACAGCAUCUGAGUCUAUUAAUCACCUGUUUUUUGAGUGUUCUUAUUCUAGAGGAAUUUGGAAUAGGCUCCUUGCUGAUAUGAACAUCAACAGAGAUGGUGUUAGUUGGAGAAGAGAAGUAAGUUUUUUUGUCAGAAGAACAAAAGGGAAGUCCAGAUUAGCAAUUUUCAGGAAAUCAAUAUUCUGUGCUGCAAUUUAUCACAUUUGGAGAGCCAGGAAUGACUUGAUCUUCAACAAGAAUCAAGUGUCUGAGUAUCACAUAUACAAGAGUAUAAGGCUUGCAGUGCAUUAUGCAACUUGA